AACACAGCUAGGGCUUUAUAGCAGCACCGGGGUCGCUCAAGACAGAGCAAGAAGAAGGGUCCAAGAAGGAGACAUCUCCGCUCGAUUCUGCAUUGAGACGAUGGGGUGGUUGGUCCUUCACCAGGGGUUAUUGACCCCAUCCAGCAAGACGCAGCCAUCAUGGAAACCACCGGGGUGGAAGUUUGAGAUCCACUCGGCUUUCCCGACAGUUACGUGAGGGUCGUGGGUCUUCUGUGGACGGCUGACGGAUUCCAGGGAAUAUAAAAGGAAUUCCUCGACGGACUUCUGUACAGGAGCUGGACGGGGGGGAGAGCAGAGGCGAUCCGUCACAGCGGGGGCGCCGAGCCGGGGCAGACAAUGUGGGGAGUCAGCUGUUGGUUGGCGGGAUUUGCCCUUCUCCUCGGGGCGUCCGGCACCGAUCACUUCUACCGCCCGGGUCGUAGGAUUUGCUCGUACCCCGGCCAGGACAGGACGGUGUCCGUAACGCAAUCGUUCGUGCAGCCCGUUUACCGGCCGCUGAUGACGCUGUGCGAGGGGCACAAGCUCUGCAGUACCUACAGGACAACGUACAGAAUUUCCUACCGGCAAGUCUCUAAGAAAACAUCUUCCUCGGUUUAUUCUUGCUGCCACGGCUGCAAUAAAGCGUCAUGCCGGUUACUUUGCCAAAACGGAGGGGUUUGCACCGGAUUAAACAAGUGCCGGUGUCCUGCCGGUUGGACCGGACUCCAAUGCCAGACGGAUGUCGAGGAGUGCGAGGGCGGAAGCCAUCGGUGCUCCCAAGCAUGCAUUAAUACCCCCGGGAGCUUCCGGUGCCAGUGCCUGGAAGGAUUUACCCUCUCGGAGGACGGAAGGAGUUGUUUCAAAGUGGAAAACCCAACAGAGCUGCCCCCGGAGACGCAACCACCGGCGAAUGCGUCAGCUGUUCCUGAUACAACAAGCAAAGAAAUCGAAGAGCUCCGGAACAAGGUCGAGAUAUUGGAGCAGAAGCUGCAGAUGGUACUGGCUCCUUUUCAUGCUCUGUCCGGUUCCGGCCCCUCGGACGGCUCAGACGCCGUAGCUUUCCUGACGCACUCGAUCCAACAGCUGGAGCGGAUCGAUUCUCUCAGCGAACAGAUCUCCUUCUUGGAGGAACGGCUGGAGACCUGUUCUUGCAAAAACGAGCUUUGAUUGACGCCAAAAACACGAUUCCAGAUGUUAAACGGGGCAAAGGAUGACCCUGAACGAUGGUUUUUCCAAUUCACCAAUUACCUCACCGGUGACGGCACUGAAAACCAAGCUGUUGCCAACCCACCAACUAAAAUAAUAGACCUUGUAGCGUUCGGUGAUUAAAAGUUUUUCUCUGCAAAAAAAAAAAAAA